UUCUCAGGAAGAGUCUUAAAGCACUACAGCACGGUUCUGCUGCAGACAUCGCGCGCGUCUCGAGCUGCGACACCACAGGUGACUGACAGACUUACAGCGUUUCUGCAGAAACCAUGUCCAAGGGACCAGCAGUUGGCAUUGAUCUGGGGACCACCUACUCCUGUGUGGGGGUCUUUCAGCAUGGCAAAGUUGAAAUCAUUGCCAAUGACCAGGGUAACAGGACCACUCCAAGUUAUGUAGCAUUCACAGACACCGAGAGGCUGAUUGGAGAUGCUGCCAAAAAUCAAGUAGCAAUGAACCCCACUAAUACAGUCUUUGACGCAAAAAGGCUCAUCGGACGGAGGUUUGACGACUCUGUUGUGCAGUCAGACAUGAAGCAUUGGCCGUUCACUGUUAUAAAUGAUAGCUCACGCCCCAAAGUUCAAGUAGAAUACAAAGGGGAGACUAAGACAUUUUACCCAGAGGAGAUUUCUUCCAUGGUGCUUACAAAGAUGAAGGAAAUUGCUGAGGCAUACCUUGGAAAAACCAUCACGAAUGCAGUUGUUACGGUUCCUGCUUACUUCAAUGACUCUCAGCGCCAGGCCACGAAGGAUGCUGGGACUAUCUCUGGCCUCAAUGUUCUACGAAUUAUCAAUGAGCCAACUGCUGCUGCCAUUGCCUAUGGCCUGGACAAGAAAGUUGGUUCUGAGAGAAACGUCCUGAUCUUCGAUCUUGGUGGUGGCACUUUUGAUGUGUCCAUCCUUACCAUUGAGGAUGGCAUUUUUGAGGUCAAGUCUACAGCUGGAGACACUCACCUUGGUGGAGAAGACUUUGACAAUCGCAUGGUCAACCAUUUCAUAUCAGAGUUCAAGCGCAAGUACAAAAAGGACAUCAGUGACAACAAGAGGGCCGUCCGUCGGCUGCGCACAGCGUGCGAGAGGGCGAAACGCACUUUGUCCUCCAGCACUCAGGCCAGCAUUGAAAUCGACUCCCUUUAUGAGGGAAUCGAUUUCUACACUUCAAUCACAAGGGCUCGUUUUGAAGAGCUCAAUGCCGAUCUCUUCCGUGGCACGUUGGAUCCGGUUGAGAAAUCCCUUCGUGAUGCUAAACUCGACAAGACUCAGGUUCAUGACAUUGUCCUUGUUGGAGGAUCCACCCGUAUCCCAAAGAUCCAAAAGCUCCUUCAGGAUUUCUUCAAUGGGAAGGAACUGAACAAGAGCAUCAAUCCCGAUGAGGCUGUCGCAUAUGGAGCAGCUGUCCAGGCAGCCAUUUUAUCUGGAGACAAGUCUGAGAAUGUCCAAGACCUGUUGCUUCUGGAUGUUACUCCUUUGUCCUUGGGAAUUGAGACUGCUGGUGGCGUUAUGACCAUCCUGAUCAAACGUAACACUACCAUCCCAACCAAACAAACACAGACCUUCACCACCUACUCCGACAACCAGCCUGGUGUCCUCAUUCAGGUGUAUGAGGGCGAAAGAGCCAUGACUAAGGACAAUAACUUGCUGGGAAAGUUCGAGCUGACAGGUAUCCCUCCUGCUCCGCGUGGCGUCCCCCAGAUUGAAGUAACCUUUGACAUCGAUGCCAAUGGCAUCAUGAAUGUGUCCGCCGUAGACAAGAGCACUGGCAAGGAGAACAAGAUCACCAUCACCAAUGACAAAGGACGUCUAAGCAAAGAGGACAUUGAGCGCAUGGUCCAGGAAGCUGAGAAGUACAAGGCUGAGGAUGAUGUCCAAAGAGAAAAGGUUUCUGCUAAGAACGGCCUUGAGUCGUAUGCCUUCAACAUGAAGUCCACAGUUGAAGAUGAGAAACUCAAGGGCAAGAUUAGUGAUGAGGACAAGCAGAAGAUCCUUGACAAGUGCAAUGAGGUGAUAAGCUGGCUGGACAAAAACCAGACAGCUGAGAAGGAUGAGUUUGAGCAUCAGCAGAAGGAACUAGAGAAGGUGUGCAACCCUAUCAUCACCAAACUGUACCAGAGCACUGGUGGGAUGCCAGAAGGAAUGCCUGGAGGCUUCCCAGGAGCUGGAGGUGCCCCUGGUGGAGGUGGAUCCUCAGGACCAACCAUUGAAGAAGUUGAUUAAAUCAUUCUGAGAAAGUUUCUCACUGUUUAAAGCACCUUGCUGUGUUGUUUUGGAGCACCUUAGUAUGUAUAAGUAUGCUUUCUCUUUUGCAUGUUUCUCAAAGUUCAAUUUCGGACCAAUUGUGGGUUGACAUGUAACUCAUUUGAGCAUUAACUACCAGUUCGCUUUGAAGCUGUUUUGAGCAGCAUGUUUUUGUUUUCGUGUUAAACUUCACAUUCACAUAUAAAGCAUCACAUUCUGCUGUGUUGAACACUGACAAUAAAGUAUUUGCUGUUCACAAAGUGAA